AGAAUACACAUUGCCAUGACACUUGACUCAAACUAUCUAAGAGGUACAAUGGGAGCCAUUCUCUCCAUCUUACAACACUCAACAUGUCCUGAAAAUGUGGAUUUCCAUUUUCUUUGGGCAACGUUUGAACCUGAGGUCUAUUACGCCAUCAAAUCCACAUUUCCAUACCUCAAGUUCAAGAUAUAUCGAUUUGAAUCAAGUAGGGUACGUGAAAAAAUCUCCAAAUCCAUUCGCCAGGCCUUGGACCAGCCUCUAAACUAUGCAAGAAUAUAUAUUUCUGAUAUUAUAGAGGGUCAUGUUAAGCGAGUCUUGUACCUUGACUCUGAUCUUGUUGUUGUUGAUGACAUUGCAAAGCUUUGGGAAGUUGACUUGGGUGGCAAGGUAGUGGCUGCACCAGAAUAUUGUCAUGCGAAUUUCACAAGGUAUUUCACCGAUAUGUUUUGGUCGGACCCAGAACUUCCACGUGCAUUUCAUGGUCGGAAUCCUUGUUAUUUCAACACAGGUGUUAUGAUUGUGGAUGUUGAAAAAUGGAGGGAAGGGAGGUAUACACAAAAGGUGGAAGAGUGGAUGAGAGUGCAGAAGCAUAGGAGGAUUUAUCAUUUGGGUUCUUUGCCUCCUUUUCUUCUUGUUUUGGCUGGGGAGAUAAAGGGUGUGGAUCAUAGGUGGAAUCAACAUGGUUUAGGAGGGGACAAUAUUGAAGGUAAAUGUAGGAGUCUUCAUCCUGGGCCUGUUAGUUUGCUUCAUUGGAGUGGGAAGGGUAAACCUUGGUUAAGGUUGGAUUCGAGGAAUCCUUGUUCCGUUGAUCAUCUUUGGGCACCUUACGAUCUCUAUCGUCCAACUUCUCAUUACUUUGAAGAUUGAAAAUGACGGUUGAAACUUUGAAUACGGUGCAGCAACUGUAAGUCCGCUAGAUCUAUAACAAAACGUAGAAAGAAUUAAUUAACCAACAUAAUUUAUUAGAGGUAGAUAUCAAUAGUCAUUGGUUUAUGUUUUUCUCUUUUUGUUAGGAAAAAUUGAGGGAAAUAAAGUGCUAAAUUAGGGUGAAAUAAUAACUUGAUUGGAAUUAGUUUACCAUGGGAAGGAUUAACAUUGCAUUUUUGCAGUUUGGAAGAACAGGUUAUGGUUUAUUAUGCAAGGCACUUGAGAAGGCAAGGAUAAUAUAAAUGGAACAAUAUCACUCAUGGUGUUUACCUUUUUUCUUCUUCUGGGUUUUGGGGAUAAGGAA